GAGACUCAUUCUCUAGGGUUUCGAAAGUUUUCGUCGAGAGCAACGAAGUCUUUGCUUUCUGAGGUACCAUGAGGCCUAUCUUCUGUGGAAACUUUGAGUAUGAUGCUCGCCAGUCUGAUCUGGAACGGCUCUUCAGACGAUAUGGAAGAGUUGAGAGAGUGGAUAUGAAAUCUGGAUUUGCUUUUGUAUACAUGGAAGAUGAGAGGGAUGCUGAGGAUGCCAUCCGAGCACUUGAUCGGACGGAAUUUGGUAGGAAGGGUCGCAGACUUCGUGUUGAGUGGACAAAGCAUGAACGUGGAGGCAUUAGAAGGCCUAGUGGAGGUUCUUCAAGAAGGUCUUCAGUCAAUACUAGACCUUCAAAGACUUUGUUUGUUAUCAAUUUUGAUCCAUAUCACACCCGUACAAAAGACUUGGAGAGGCAUUUUGAGCCAUAUGGAAAGAUUGUCAGUGUGAGGAUAAGAAGGAAUUUUGCAUUUGUUCAAUAUGAUUCGCAAGAGGAUGCCACCAGGGCAUUGGAUGCUACAAACAUGAGCAAGCUGAUGGAUAGAGUUAUAUCAGUGGAAUAUGCAGUUCGAGAUGAUGAUGAGCGCGGAAAUGGACAUAGCCCUGACAGAGGUCGUGAUAGAUCACUAGAGAGAGGCCGUGAUAGAAGGCGAUCUCCAAGUCCUUAUCAAAGAGAGAGGGGUAGCCCUGAUUAUGGCCAAGGUCCAACUCAUAGCCCUUACCGGAGAGAGAGGGGUAGUCCUGAUUAUGGUCGUGACCGCAGCCCCAGUCCGUAUAGGAGAGAUAGGGUUAGCCCCGACCAUGGCCGGGGAACUAGCCGUAGUCCAUACCGAAAAGAGAGGUCUGCUGCUGACCAUGCUCAUGGUUCCAGCCUGAGUCCACUUCAAAGAGAGAGAGGUAGCCCAGGGAAUGACCAUGUUCGUAGUCGUAGUCCUUACAGGAGAGAGAAGCAUAGCACUGAGAAUGAUCGUAGCCUUAGUCAUAGUCCCUUUGGAAAAGAAAGAGCUAUCCGGGAAAAUGGUCAGGGGCGUAGUCAUAGUCCAUAUGAAAGAGAGAGAACCAGUCCUGAAAAUGGUAAUGGCCCCAGUCCAAGUUCUGUGCCUGAGCCAAGGGAUAGCCCUUAUGGUGGUGGAGCUGAGAGCCCUCCAAAUGAGAGAUUCCACAGUUCGUCACCUCCAGCGGAGGAAUGAUUGUGAUGAAAGGAUCUGAAGAAUAAUGUGAUGUUAAAUUAUCAGAGCUUGCUUUGCGACAGAGAUCAAAGUCCUGUUUUUUUCCUUAAAGUGGAAACUGUUACUGCAAUUAUAUUAGAGCUAUGUUCUGAUCUUUGGUUGUAGCGUAUUCAGUGUUAGCAAAUACUUAUUUAAAUGCAGUGGAUUAUUACUUUUCAUUUAAAAUGAGAGGUUGCUUAGUGGAUUAUGUAGUUUGUCUUCCUAUUCCAUGCAUCGACAUUUUCCCCAUGUGUACUGGGUAGAUUGUUAAUGGAAAAUGAUUCAUCCGUAAUGAGUCCCGAUGUUAUGCGGUUGUAAAUCUAUUUUGAUUGUGAUUGGUUCGUUUAAUGUCGUGUCUGGUGUGGGAUUUU